AUGGCAAAGCAGAAGGCUAUUGCCCUCAUCUACGGUGACUGGGAUGAGUCAUACAACGACAUACCUAAGUGGGUGUUGGGUGUCCAGCUGACGAUGCCUGGUAGUGUUGCGGUCCUUAAGACGAGCUCGGUUCGAGUUGGAGGACAGUAUGGGGAAACGUUGCUCAUCGCGAUUGCACAGGACGGGAACUCCAACAUUCUACCUGUCGCAUUCGCACUAGUAGAGGGUGAGAAUGCGGAGUCCUGGAUAUUCUUUCUCUCGCACCUUCGACAGCACGUGACCCCGCAGCCCGGUCUGCUGGUUAUAUCGGACAGGCACAACGGCAUCAAGGCUGCGCUUGAGGCCCCUAGCGGCGGUUGGUUACCGCCAUCUGCGUACCGUACAUUCUGCAUACGACACGUAGCGACUAAUUUUGCCCUUACCUUCAAGGGCAAAGACGCUAGGAGGCUUCUAGUGAAUUCAGCGUAUGCAAAGACCGAGGUUGAAUUUGAUUACUGGUUUGAUAUUCUGCGAUCUGAAGAUCCGGCGAUGUGUGAGUGGGCGAACCGGAUUGAUUACUCCUUGUGGACUCAGCAUCGUGAUGAGGGGCGGAGAUUCGGUCACAUGACGACGAACAUCUCCGAGUGUGUGAACUCAAUCCUCAAGGGGGUCAAAAAUCUCCCUGUAGCAUCCCUGGUAAAGGCAACAUAUGGUAGGCUUGCGGAACUCUUUGUUCGCAAGGGGAGAGAGGCUGAGGCCCAGAUGGGAACCGGACAACAAUUCAGUCAGCAUUUGGUGAAGUGUAUUGAGGCCAACUUGAAGACGGCCAGGUGCUUCACGGUGACGCUGUAUGACCGGGAUAACUCCGAGUUCACCGUAGCAGAGACUACUCCGACUGGUUCUUUCUCUUUGGGUACUUACAGAGUAUCACUUGCCUCUCAGACAUGUGACUGCGGGUACUUCCAGGCUCUUCAUUUCCCGUGUCAGCACGCACUUGCAUGCUAUGCCUACUCACGGGUCACCUGGAAAAGGAACUCACCCUUGUCAGGGCAACUGUAG